AAAAAUGCUAUUAAUUUUAAUAAUCUCAGCCUUUUUUCUAUUUUGGACUGCAAUAAGAAAAAAUAAUUACUGGAAAAAUAGAGGAAUUCCCGGUCCUGAACCUUCUCCUUGGAAAGGAAAUAUAGACUUAAUUUUUAAUAAAAACCCGUCAUCUCUACAAUUAUUUGAUUGGAGUAAAAAAUAUGGAAGGAUUUAUGGAAUUAAAAAUGGAUGGUUUAAUACGUUGGUUAUUAGUGAACCAGAAAUGGUUAAAGAAUUACUUUUUGAUAAAUUUGAGAGUAUGUAUGGACAUAUGGUUAACCCAAUGAUCGGUAAUGUAAAUACUAAUAGUAUGGUACAUUUAUUUGCAACAAAAGGAAGACGUUGGAAGCGUCUUCGGCAUAUUGCUAAUCCAGCUUUUUCUACUUUCAAUUUAAAAAGAGUAAGAAAUUAUUUUAUUUUAUUCUCCUAA